CCGCCGGGCUGGCGGGAUGGGGGCGGGAAUGUACCGUGUGGAGACAGUCCCCGUGCGGCGGAAAGGAACCAGACUCGGGCGGGGCUAAUGCCGGGCGCAGAGCUGGACAUGGAGGAACGUGGCUCUCCCGACGGGGACCCCGCGCGGAGCGUGGAGCAGGGGUCAGAGGGGCCGGAAACGCCCAUCCAAGUGGUGCUCAGGGUGCGUCCGAUGAGCGCGGCCGAGCUGCGUCGAGGAGAGCAGAGCGCGCUGCACUGCUCGGGGACCCGGACUCUGCAGGUGAGCCCCCCGGGCGGGGGCCCGGACGUGGCGUUCCGCUUCGGCGCGGUGCUGGACGGGGCGCGCACGCAGGAGGACGUGUUCCGGGCGUGCGGCGUGCGGCGGCUGGGCGAGCUGGCUCUGCGCGGAUUCUCCUGUACCGUCUUCACCUUUGGCCAGACGGGCUCCGGGAAGACCUACACGCUGACCGGACCGCCGCCCCAGGGGGACGGGGUGCCUGUGCCCCCCAGCCUGGCAGGCAUCAUGCAGAGGACCUUCGCCUGGCUGUUGGACCGCGUGCAGCACCUGGGCGCCCCCGUCACCCUCCGCGCCUCCUACCUGGAGAUCUACAACGAGCAGGUUCGGGACUUGCUGAGCCUGGGGUCUCCCCGGCCGCUCCCCGUUCGAUGGAAUAAGACCCGGGGCUUCUACGUGGAGCAGCUGCGGGUGGUAGAGUUCAGGAGUCUGGAGACCCUGAUGGACCUUCUUCAGAUGGGUCUCAGCCGGAGAAGGAGAUCAGCGCAUACCCUGAACCAGGCCUCCAGCCGAAGCCACGCCCUGCUCACGCUCUACAUAGGUCGCCCCACUCCCCAGCAGAUGCCUCCCGCAGACCCCGGGGCGCCCCCUGUUGGUGGGAAGCUGUGCUUCGUGGACCUGGCGGGCAGUGAGAAGGUGGCGGCCACAGGAUCCCGUGGGGAGCUGAUGCUCGAGGCCAACAGCAUCAACCGCAGCCUGCUGGCCCUGGGUCACUGCAUCUCCCUGUUGCUGGACCCACAGCGGAAGCAGAGCCACAUUCCUUUUCGGGACAGCAAGCUCACCAAGUUGCUGGCAGACUCACUAGGGGGGCGUGGGGUCACCCUCAUGGUGGCCUGCGUGUCCCCCUCUGCCCAGUGCCUCCCUGAGACUCUCAGCACCCUGCGUUAUGCAAGUCGGGCCCAGCGAGUCACCACCCGGCCUCAGGCCCCCAAGUCCCCUGUGGCAAAGCAGCCUCAGCGUUUGGAGACUGAGAUGCUACAGCUUCAGGAAGAGAACCGUCACCUGCGGUUGCAGCUGGACCAAAGGGACCCCCAGGGCCCAGAGCUCCGUGGAGCCCGGGUGGCCUGGGCCCAGCGGAACCUCUAUGGCAUGCUGCAGGAGUUCAUGCUGGAGAAUGAGCGGCUCAGGAAAGAAAUAAGCCAGCUGCAGAGUAGCCGAGACCUGGCCCACGACCAGCAGCGCGUCCUCUCCCAGCAGGUCCUCGAGUUGGAAAGGCGCCUCUGCUCUGCCCGAACCCCCUGCCAGCUGUGCCCCGCGCCCGGCCCACCGUGCUCCUGCCUGAUGGUGCCAGUUGCCCCCUGCCACGCACUGCCACCCCUCUGCUCCUGUCCCUGCUGCCACCUCUGCCCUCUGUGCCGAGCACCUCUGGCCCGCUGGGCCUGCCCGCGGAGGGAGCACCACCAGCCGCAGGUGCCAGACCCCGAGGCCCCGGGUGGCUUGCCCCUGUCUGCCCGGCCCCCCGCCUGGGCACCCCCGUGCAGCCCCGGCUCUGCCCAGUGCCCGAGAGGGAGGAGCCACAGUGACUGGACUGAGACCCGCGUCUUGGCAGAGAUGCUGACCGGGGAGGAGGUGGUGCCCUCGGCCCCCCCGCUGCCCAUGGGGCCCCCGAAGAUGCCGCCAGUGCUGAAAGGUGGGGCCGGGGUCCCAAACCUCGCCCAGAGACUGGAGGCCCUCAGACUGCAGAUCGGCAGCUCCCUGCGACGGGGCCAGAGCCAGCCACCCACCAGCAAGUGUGCUCAGAGCCCAGACGGAGUCCCCCCUCCCCACUGAAGGCAAAGUGGAGUCUGCCAUGGGCCCCGGGCUGGCUCUCCCGGUUCUGUGAAUGGCAGUGGCUGUGGCUACUCAGCCUGCAGCUGGACUGGGCAGAACACACCUCCAGGAGCUGGGGGGCUCCUUGGGGGGACAAGUGGAGGAGGCUGCCCUUGAGAUAAGACUGUCCUGAGAAACCAGGCAGCAGGGGACAAAAUGUAUGAAUAAAGAGAGGUGUUGGCUCCGGG